CUCGGCCAUCCAUCCAUCCAUCCAUGUGUCACCCCCACGACUCGUUGGGCCGCUCAUCGCCACCACCGCCAUGAGACGGGUCGUUUGGGUGUGGGUCGUGGCCGUCGCUCUGCGCGUCCCAUCUCGACACGUCCGGGGAGGCGCUCGAGGGGUCGUUGCCGUCAGCGGCAGUCCUGCCGCCGACACCGCUCCAUCCAAUGAGGAACUUGCAGAUGUCGGAGGCCGUGAUGACGCCACGCAGCGUGUUGCUGACACACGACACACAUGGCAGUGGCAAGGGAUGGAUGUCUGUGUGUCUUUGUCUCUUGAGGGCGCGGCGCGUGUAUUGUAUGGUUGGCUGCCCACUCGUUUGGGUCGCAUAGGAAUACUCUUCUGUGUUCACAGAAGAGAACGUGGGCGCUGGCGUCGCGCAGCAGGAUGUCGCUCUCGUACACCUGCAGCCAUCCAUCCAUCCAUCCAUGAGGAAAGUUCCAGGAAAGACCAUCUAGAUUGAUGCCCACCUCGCACUGUUGGCUGAGCCCUCCUGGCACCGCCCCCGAAAAGGCCAUCGACCCAGCGGGCGACGGGGUCGCCGCCACACUCCCUUUACACACAACGACACAACACACACGUCCACACACAUCCAACGCACCAUCUCUCGCCCUUCUGUUGCUCAGCUCAGCUCACCGCCGGAUGCGCCGGGCCCAGCGGGUGCAUUUGAUUCCGACAGCUGCCUGUGCAUGUGCAUGGGUGGCGCGGCGAGGGUGCCGCCGGCCGCCUGUAUGCUGGCGGGUGCGGGGGACACCUGUGGGACGGCCGUGGGGGACGGGGCGGCGGGGGGGCUUGGGGCGGUCGUGAGGGACUCCAAGGCAGCAUCGACGGACGACUGCAUGUCGAUCUGGAACUGCAUUCAACACCAGACACAUGCAUGAGUGGGUGGAUGGAGUGGAAGAUGAUGAUUGAUGCGUGUCUGUGUGUGUGCUGUGGUGCGUACUGUUGGGUCAGAGAAUCCCCUCCAGACAAGCUGCACGAAGUGCUGCCGGGAGAAACACCCCUUGUACGCGCCUGCAGAGACAGACAGACAGACAGACGUACACACACAGAUGGAUGGAGGUGUGGACAGCAGCGGCAGGAUUAGCGGCCCGCUCGACGUAGUACGCACCGGCAUCAUCUGUGAGCGGCAUGACUGAUAUCCUCCUCUCCAGCAUCUUGCCCAACACCUGCCCGUCCAGAAAAGCCGACAAGGAAGUGUCCAAUGGUGCCUUGAUGGGGUCACCGAUCUCCCUCGGUGCCGUACCUCGAUGAGGGGAGUGGACCGUCUCAGCGUCACGAUGUCCGUGUAGGUGCCAACCUGACACAGAGGAAUCACACACAGGAAUGAGGCGCCAGCUUGGUCGUUUUGUAGGGCAUAGCUAGUCACCUUGAGGGCCGCCCUCACAGGCAUGUUAAAAAUAUCAAAGGUACCCCGCAGCUGAACACACACACACACACACACGCGCGCAGACAGCCAUCAGACAGCCAUCACUCAGGGUUACAGAAACAGGGGAGCUCUCUCUGCAGGGCAGGUGUGUAUUACGUACGUUCUGGACUAGGUGUGUGAGUAUGUGUAUGAGGGAUAUAAAGCUCAGGGGCGACCCCCGAUCGUCAUUCCACACGGCCACAUGCGGAGAUCUGCACACAACACAACACACACACGCAGCCGUGGAUCGCCCUUCAUCGAGUAGGUGUUUGUUUGUUUCCUCCACUCACUGUGUGUCCAGCAGCAGCCUCAGGGCAUCGAGCAGCGUCCUCUGAGUCGUCACCGCCGGAAAACAACGCGGCAUGCGAGCCAACUCUACACGCACACACACACACAUCACAUCACAUGAGAUCACAUCAACACACACAGCACAGCACAGCACAGUGAGGGCAGGAAGGGCAAUUAGUCAGUCACCUCACCCAGCCCAACCCAUGUUGGCCCCACCCAUCCACCCAUCCAGUGAGUCAGUCAGUCGGCUCACUUACCCCUCCAUUUUUCGAUGCUGACAUCCCACGCCGCCACCUCUCCACUCGGAGCACUGGCAGCCGCACCACCCGUACCAGAGCCGCCAGCACUCGCCCUGCCCCACGGCCCGUCAGAUGCCGAUCCUGGCCCGCCACCCGGACUGGCCGCGUGUGAUGGGGGGUGCGAUGACGGGUCCGACGGUGUGGGGGUGGAUGGCGGCAUCGAGCCGCCCUUAAUCGAUGGAGAGCUGCCGUCACGGACGGUGGUCAGGGGGUCGCUCGUGUGGCCGUUGUCUGCGGGGGGGAGCGGGGCGUCGGUGGGGGGGUUGGGAGGGGUCAGGGGGAAGGACGCAUCGGGGGGGUCCGAUGACGAGGGAGGGGGCGACCCGCCGUCCAGGAAGCCCUCAAAGUCAUCCGGUGGAUGCCGGAGGGUCACCGCCUCGUCUCGGUGGACCUCAUAUGUGUCCGCUUCAGACGCGAAGUAUGCCCGCAGCUGCGAUGACGCCAGACCCGCCAAAACCGAAUGCUCGGGGGAGUCCUGCAGUCGCUGCCGAAUGGCGGCCAGGGACGGCCUGACCCGAUCGCGAUAGAGCCCGUCCACCACGGAUGCCAGCAUGGCGCCCCAAUCGCUGGCCUUUUUCGCCAGCGCGUCGGAGCCGACGGGCGAUGCCCCACCGCCGCCAUCCUCGCCCGUCGAGUCGGCCUGCUGCACCACAUGGAGCCACUGCUCCCGCGAUGAGGUGGCCGCUGCCGCCGUGGGUGAUGGGUGGUCGGAUGGGGCGGGCGAGGGCGAUGACGGGGGCAGGGGUGAGGGGAGGGAGGCCUGGCAGGCCUGCAGGGCGGCGUAGUAGCCUCUGAAGAAGUCGAUGAGCUCCCAUGAGGUGAGCAGGCCCACGAAAGAGCGGUCCUCCACGUGCCAGAGAGAGGCAAAGGACUUCUCUGCGCCAAGUGUAAUGAAUGGACAGAAGAGUCGACCGAUGAGUCCACAUCGACCGAUGGAUGCACUCAUGCUCAUUGCGCACUUACUGUAGUCUAGGAGUGCCCUGAUCGCCACGUGCAUGGGGAUCCUCGUGUCCAGUACCAACAUCUGAACACACAUCCAUCCAUCCAUCCAAAUAUCGAUUAUCGACCAUCCGUCUGCCUGCCUGUCUGCCUGUCUGGCCCUCUCCCCGUCCGUCAUGAAGUGGAUGGAUGCCCUGUGUGUGAUGUGAUGUAGCUGACCCUUGUGUUUUCGGGCACAAAUUCAUAGAGCAUAGUUUGGUCGAAGAAAUGCCUUAAACUCCUUUGUGCCGUCGCCACAUCGCCUCCGCCCGACCCCUCAUCCCCCGCCCCUCCCCGCUGGCCCGCCUCGCCAGACCGCGAGCCGCCAUGGUCGCCGCCGCCAGUGUGAUGAUGGCCGCUGUUCUGGCUGGCGCUGUCCGAGUGUUGGCUGGAGGCGCUCAGCCCGCCGAUGCCCACCACAGGUGCCCUAUGGUGGUUAGCGGCCGCCAGUGUCCUUGGCGGUGCGCCUGCAGGAGGGCUGCCGCCGGUGUGGGAGAAGGGGUGUGGAAUGCUGCUCGAUGUCGUGUUGGUGUUGGUCUGGCUGUGCGUCUCGGCGGCGGUGCUAUCUGUCUCGGCCUUGUUGUCGUUCACAUCGUCCAUCACACAAGACCGUCACGGGCCGAUCUCCAGACAACCGAUGCCACCACGGAUGCACACAAGCUGCACAGCCCGAUGACAGCCGCGAUAGCGCCAGCCAGGCACUCACCACCUCACAGCGAGAUGCGGACUCGGCGGACAGAGAUGUCAGCUAACUAUACAUAAAGCGCUCUGCCUCGUCACAGCACGCCCUGCAGCUGUUCGACGCGGAACGCAAAGUUCGGG